AUGGCCCCAACUGAUCUCAAGAAAUCGCGCAAGACCUUGAAACUUGAACAGAAGUACAAAUGGAUUCAGUUGGUAGAAGGAGGAGUAAAGAAGAGGGACGUUUGCGCAAAAUAUGGCGUGAAACCGUCUACGCUUCGAACCAUUGUGAAAAACAAAGAUAAAAUUAGGACGCAGGUUCAGAACUCUUCGGACCUUGCCAACCGUAAGACUGCUUAUUCACGUGCUCCAGCUCUCGUACUGCUGGAGAAGGCGCUGCUCAUUUGGAUCGAAGAUAACACUCGUAAGAAACUACCGAUGAGUGGAGAAUUGAUUAAAGAGAAAGCCUUGAGAUUAUACAACGCUCAGAAGAUGGAAAACCCGUCCUUGACAACAAGUCCGGACUUUUGCGCCAGUAACGGCUGGUUUGAUAGGUUCAGAAACCGUCAUUCGUUGAAGAACAUUAAGAUGAAGGGAGAGUCUGCUUCUGCAGAUAAGGAAGCGGCGGAACGGUAUCCACCUGAAUUGAAACAGAUUAUUGAAAACGGCGGUUACACAGCGGAUCAAGUCACUAAUGCUGAUGAGACCGGUCUGAACUGGAAGCGCAUGCCAAGUAGGACAUACACACUGGAAGGAUCUGCUGCUGGAUAUAAAGAGGCUAAAGAGCGCAUUACAUUGAUGUUCUGCUGUAACGCAUCCGGGGACAAAUUGUUUAAACCCCUGGUGAUCAACAAUGCUCUUCGACCAAGGUCCAUGAAGGGAAUGGACAUGAACGAACUUUCAGUGCACUGGCGUGCCAAUCGCAAAGCGUGGAUGACGCGAGCAAUUUUCACGGAUUGGUUUCACAAUUGCUAUGUUCCGGAGAUGGAAGUGUAUCUGGAGUCCAAAAAUCUCCCCUUUAAAGCAUUGCUUUUACUUGAUAAUGCAUCCAGUCACCUCGAAAUCGAGCAUCCCAACGUGCAGUUUGCCUUCCUGCCCCCCAAUACAACAUCAUUAAUUCAACCACUCGACCAGGGAUCCAUCUCAGUUUUCAAGAAACUAUACGUGAAACAAGCAUUCACCUUUAUUCUUGACCAGAUGGAGAAAAAUCCCGGCAUGAAAGUGCAGGAAGUUUGGAAAAAGUUCACGAUGAAAAAUUGCGUGGAGUACGUUGCCGUUGCAUGUGCGGCUAUAAAGAAAACCACUCUGAAUCGAUGCUGGAAGAAUAUAUGGCCGGAAGUCGUGGACAGCAAUAUUGGAAGUCAGGAUUGCUUGGACAGCCAAAUCAAAAGACUUGGUACUUUGAUUUGUGGAGGAGAAUUCGCUGACAAAGACUUGGAGGAGAUGCUAGCCAGCGAAUCGCUGGAUGACGCGGACUUGUUGGAAAUAUUGAGAGAGAUGGAAGAGUUGCCGACGGAGAAUCUAUCCGAAGAGGAAGAGGCAGACCCCCAACUUUUCGAGGUGGACCAACUUCUAAAAGGAAUGCACAUUGCUGAGCAAUUGAUUGAUCAUUUCAUUGACAACGAUCCUCAUCUAGAGCGUGCUGUUGCUUUUAAGAACGAGAUCAACUCUGCCAUGGCUCGAUACUUCGAGCUUAUGAGAUCAUCCAACAAGAUCCUUGAAUCAGCAUUGGUUUCAUCAGAAAGCACCGACUCCGAUGACAUCCUUUCUGAGCCGGAUGGAAACUGGCCAGCACGGCGCAUGCUGCUCGUUAGUAGUGAUGACGAAGACUGA